AUGAACUCCUCUGUCUCUCGCAUUCCUAUCCCGUCUGAGCUCGACGACGACGUCGACAAUGUUGAUCUUCCUACCGGACACAUGUGGGCCUAUCCAUGCAAGCUCUCUUCGUGUCCGGACUACGGCAAGUCCUGGAUCCUGCGAAGCAAUUUCCUCCUACAUUUGCAAGAGCGAGAGGCACACAGUUCCUCAGCAACGACACCUGCUGCACGCCGUGAAAUCGAGAUAGACUGGCGAUAUAUCACCGAUCCCUAUCUGCCACCACGGGCUGCUCCAAACUUUCGUUGUCGAGAGGAUCCUGCCGAGCAAAUCUGGACAUAUAGCUUCAAAGAUGAUUGUGGGAACGUGAUAUCAGGGGAGGGCACACUGGAGCAAAUGAGUGACCAUAAGGCCUCAACGAAGAACCCAAAUGGAAUCUAG